AUGGCCAACCCCUCCUCAUACGACAUUGGCGUCGUCGGGGCCGGCCUCGGCGGUCUCUCCGCCGCCAUCGCGCUGCGCCGCGCCGGGCACCGCGUGACGCUCUACGAGCGCUUCGCCUUUGACGGCGAGGUCGGGGCCUCGCUGUCGCUCGCGUCCAACGGGUCGCGGUUCCUCGCCGCGUGGGGGGUGCCCGUGUCCGCCGCGCGGCCCGUCGUCCUGCGCAGCCUCGUCCGCCACGACUGGGCCUCUGGCGCCGUCAUCAGCACGUACCCGCUCGGCGACUACCGCGCGCGCUUCGGCGCCGACUACCACAACUUUCACCGCAUCGACCUGCACCGCACGCUGGCGGCGACCGCCCUGGGCGAGGACGGCGAGGGCGGCCCGCCGGCAGUGCUACGCACCUGGCGCCGCGCCACCGCCCUGCACCCCGAAACCGGCACCGUCGUCUUUGCCACCGGCGAGACGGCGACGCACGACGCCGUCAUCUGCGCCGACGGCAUCCGCAGCGCGCUGCGCCCCGCGCUGCUCGGCGCGCAGCCCGACGUCACGCCCUCGGCGUCGUGCUGCUACCGGUGCAUCAUCAGCCGGGAGGCGCUCGCGGGGCUCGGCCUGCAGGACUUUGCCGACGCGAGCGCCAUUGAGUUUUGGGGCGGCGAGGGCAUCGACAAGAUUGUGCUGAGCCCGUGCUCGUCCGGCUCCGUCGUCAGCUGCUACUGCUUCUACGCGGCGGCCAAGAACGACGAGACGCCCGACGGCUGGGACCAGGCGACGACGGGGGCGCGGCUGGCGGCGACGUUUCCGGGGCUGGAUCCGCGGCUGCGGCUGCUGUUUGCGCACGCCGACGACGUCAACAUGUGGCGGCUGUACCACCACGCGCCGUACGCGCGGUGGACGCGCGGCGUGGCCGCGCUGCUGGGUGACGCCGCGCACCCCAUGAUGCCGGACCAGUCGCAGGGCGCGUGCAUGGCCGUCGAGGACGCCGCCGCGCUGGGUAUUUUGUUUGGCCCGCGGUAUGCGGCGCUCGGCGGCGUCCGUGAGAAGCUGCUGCUGUACGAGAGGGUCCGGCUCGCCCGCGCGACGAGGCUGCAGGAGGCGAGCAAGCGGGCAAGGACGGAUAUUCGCGAGCGCAUUGGCUGGAGCAGCGCGAGCGACCUGCCUGGGAAGCUGACGAUUGAAGAGGUGUGCGGCUAUGACAUGCACGCGCAUAUAGAAGAGGUGGUGGCUGAGUAUCACAAGGAGAGGACGGGGCGGGACGAAGUCAAGGCGGUUCAAUAG